AUGGAGAGAGCUCGCUCCGCCUUUGCCAGCUGCCGUGGGGGGCUCUUCACGUUCACCAUCUCCCAGAUGGUCAUCCGGACUCGCAAUUACUCUUCUCUGGUGCGGCAAGACCUGGCCUUCUUCCAGGAGGUGAAAACAGGGGUGCUGGCCUCCUGCCUUUCCAAAGACACAACUAUGAUGAGCCGCUCAGUGCCGCUCAACACCAACGUCUUCCUGCGCACCCUGAUCAAGGUUGGGCUCUACGUAUUCAUGAUCGGCCUGUCCUGGCGCCUGACGCUGCUGAUGCUGAUCGAGACCCCACUCAUGAUGGCCAUCCAGAAGGUCUAUGAUGUCCGUCGUCAGGCUUUGCUGAAGGCCAUCCAGGACUCCAUGGCCUGUUCAGAGGAGGUGGUGCGUGAGGUCAUCUCGUCCAUGGAGACCGUGUGCAGCUUUGCCACCGAGGAGGAGGAGUCACAGCGUUACGAGGCAUUCUUGGGGAACACUUGCCGGCUGAAGAACCAAAGGGACUUGGAAAGGAUCGUUUACCUAUUUGUUGUACGGGUGGCCCUGGGGGGCCAGGAGCCCCUCCUGUUCUCUGGGUCCAUCAGGGAGAAUAUCACUUACGGCCUACAAGGCUGCAGCCAGGAAGACGUGAUCAGAGCAGCCAAAGAAGCCGAUGUUGGAUUCAUCCGUGAACUGGAAGGAGGCUUUGAUGCAGAGGUGGGGGAAAAGGGGGACCAGCUCUCCAUUGGGCAGAAGCAACGGCUGGCCAUCGCCCGGGCCCUGAUCCGUGACCCGAAGGUCUUGGUGCUGGAUGAAGCCACGAGUGCCUUGGACUUCAAGAGUGACGAUGCAAUCCAGCAGUCUGUGAAGAGUGGAGGCCGGACGGGGCUGGUGAUUGCUCACCGGAUGCAGACGGUGGAGAACGCAGACAAGAUUGUGGUGCUGGAAGGAGGGGAGGUUGUGGAGAAGGGGACUCACACGGAGCUGAUGGGCCGGAGAGGCCCCUACUGCAGACUGGUGGAAAGGACCCAGGCGGAGGGACUUCUGGAGUUGCAAGGGGGAGCUCAGCCAUAGGAUCCACUGCUUUUGUAGAGGCCAAAUGAACGAUCGGCUGGGGAGAUGGAGAACAGCCUUCUCUUAGGGAAAGAGAGGGACCCAGAAGUUGGUCUCUCUAGCAGCUUUUGGCCAGUCGAGGGUUGCUGAAUUUCAGCCAUUUGGA